UGCUCAGAGCUGCUCUGGAUACCACGGCCGUCUGUUUCCUCCUCUUCGCUUGGCAAGUGGCUGCUGCAAAGAAUAAGGCGACAAAACAGUUCCUGCAAAAAAUACACCUUUAUCCUGCAGAGGACUGUUCCUACCAUGUCUGCACCCCAACAAGUAGACAACGCCGGGAUGAAGAGAGGAAUUGUGAUAAAAGACAACUGGCCCGGCUACAGUCUGGACCUGUUCACCUACCCGGAGCACUACCACGAGGACAUAGAGAGCGUUUAUCUUCCUCACGGGGUCAUCAUGAACAGGAUAGAGCGGCUGGCCCACUACAUCAUGGAGGACUUCAGGGACAACAACAUCAUGGUGCUGUGCGUCCUGAAGGGAGGAUACAAGUUCUGCUCCGACCUCGUGGAGUUCAUCAAGAUUCUGGGCCGCAACUCCAGCCAGUACCUGGAGACCCGGGUGGAGUUUAUCCGUCUGAAGAGCUACCUGAAUGACCAGUCGACAGAGGGACCUGCACAUCGUAGGAAGCAGUGAUCUGUCUUUUUCUACGGGGAAAG